AUGAUUUUGAUCAAAGGAGAGGUUCAUUUUUUUGUCCUAUUGUAUGUACUGUCAGGCCAUCUUGAUGGAGAAGGAACUGGUAGGUCAAAGCAAAGCAGAAGCGAAAAGAAGAGUCGCAAAGCUAUGUUGAAGCUCGGGAUGAAACCAAUUCCAGGUGUUAGCCGAGUCACCGUCAAGAAGAGCAAAAAUAUCUUAUUUAUCAUUUCAAAGCCGGACGUCUUCAAGAGCCCCACGUCAGAUACCUAUGUUAUAUUUGGAGAGGCUAAGAUUGAGGACUUGAGCUCACAAUUGCAGACUCAGGCUGCCGAGCAAUUUAAGGCUCCUGAUCUUAGCCACGUGGUGUCUAAACCUGAGUCGUCAUCAGCCUUGGCUCAGGAAGACGAAGAAGUUGAUGAAACGGGAGUUGAGCCAAAGGACAUUGAGUUGGUGAUGACACAAGCGGGAGCCUCCAGGUCGAAGGCUGUCAAGGCACUCAAGGCUGCCGAUGGGGAUAUCGUUUCAGCUAUAAUGGAGCUGACUACGUAAGAAUGGUGUUUGCUAGUGAU